AUGGCCACGAAGGACACGACUAGUACAAAGGAGCAGUAUUAUGCUGCGCUAGCGUCUAACAAUGUCUCUCCCCUCUGGACCGUACUUAGUAAGAUGGUUCCGCCACGCGUAAACCCGACAGCACAGGUUACUUCAUGGCCGUACGAAUCCAUUUGUUCGCUGCUAAUGGAUUCGGGGACACUGAUAACGGCGGAGGAAGCCGAGCGUCAACUCAUCUUGCCAGGCCAAACGGCACCCGCACACCGGCACGUCGCUUUAGUGCUGCGUUUCAUUGUUGAGGGGUCGCGUGGCUUCACGGCCGGGGUGAUCCUGACGCCGAGCUGGCACUGGCACGACCACGGCAGCGAGGGGAUGGGCCCAAUGGUGUGGCUUGAUGGGCUGGACCUACCGGUGUACCGUUUCUUGCCCAAGUUUCCCUGGGCUCAGACGGCAGCCGCGCUGGAUGCCAAUCCGGCAGAGAUGUACGCGCGGUACGAAUAUCGAUUGGAGAACGGAGCCUAUCUGUCCCAGGCCAUUGGGGCUCGGGAGGAGCGCGUAGCUGCGGGAACCACGACAAGGUCAAUCUUACAAAGGAGAGUGCAAGUGCGGUGGAAGGCAAGAGACACGUUCAGCGUGCCGGCUUGGAGUGCUGUGUCCCACAGGUAUACCUUGGAGGAAGGGAAUGCCUACUUGUUCGCCGUCAACGAUAUGCCUAUGAUAGAAGCACUGGGGCUGUAUAGACAAGAGGUUGUGUAA